UUGGUAGCCCAGUUCUGUCUGUCAAAAUAGCUGAUUGGCGUUGAGAGAAGUGAGACUGAUGGAGGAAGCAAAAGGAGUAGUGAAGCACAUAUUGUUGGCAAAGUUCAAAGAUGAAAUCCCACCUGAGAAGAUUGAGGAACUCAUCAAAGGCUAUGCCAAUCUUGUUAAUCUCAUUCACCCCAUGAAAGCUUUCCACUGGGGGAAGGAUGUUAGUAUUGAGAACCUGCAUCAAGGGUUCACUCAUGUGUUUGAAUCCACAUUUGAAAGCACAGAGGGGAUUGCUGAGUAUAUAGCUCAUCCUGCUCACGUGGAGUUUGCAAAUCUGUUUCUCCCCAGCUUGGACAAGGUCAUUGUAUUUGACUACAAACCCACCGUUGUACGUUGCUAAGUUACAAGCAUGGUUCUGUCUCAAUGUAGCUUUUGUCCUGCUCAUGUCUGUUGUUAUUUUGAAUAAAGUUUGACGUCUUGUACUAUGAAAUGCGUCCAUCCCUAGUGGUCAAGGCAAAAGUUGGUUGGUUUUAUCUUCUAUAGGUUUUACAUAUUCUUGAGCUGAGUUGAGAAUAAGCAAUAAGAAGCUUGAGUUUGAGAUAAA